CUCUUCUGCUUGCAUCUUCUGCUUGCGUCUUCUGCUUGCAUCGCUCUUUCGCUUGCAUCUCUCUUUCGCCGUCGCUAUGCACAAGUCCAGUCUCGUUGCCGUCGCCCUCUUUGCCCUGGCUGGCCAGGCCGCCGCAAAGGCAAAGUGCCGCAAGCCCUCCAAGAGCUCCAGCGCCGUCUCGACCGUCGAGUCGACCUUCUAUGUCGCCUCUACCCUGUCGGCUGCCCCGGCCUCGUCCUCGGUCGUCUACACCACCGCCCAGUCGCCCGUCGCCACCCAGCCCGUCGAGUCCAGCCCGUCGCCCCAGUCUACCGUCGUGGCCACCCCUGACGUCGUCGCCACCUCUGCCCAGCCCGCUCCCCUGCCCACCACCACCAGCGCUGAUCCUGUCGUGCCUGUCGUGCCUGCCACGACCCAGGCUGACGUCCCCUCCACCACGGCCGUGCCCACUCCGUCCUCCGUCCCUCCUCCUCCUCCUCCCCCGCCCAGUGGCCAGGGCCUUGGCUAUGCCACCUACCACAUGUACACCAGCAACGAGCCUCGACACCGUCUCCUGCAGUGACGGCUCCAACGGCCUCAUCACCCGCUGGGGAUACAGCGACCUGAGCCAGCUGUGGCCUUAUGUCAUGGCCUUCAACGACGCCGGCUGGAACAGCCCCAACUGCGGCACUUGCAUCGAGCUCACCGACACCAUCACCGGCAACACCGUCCAUGUCACCGUCAUCGACCAGUGCGGCCCUCCCCCCAGCGGAUACAGCGCCCACUUUGACAUUGCUCCCCCUGCCCACCAGGAGCUCUUUGGCGCCGCCGCCAGUGUCAGCAAGGGCAGCGGAGUCGCCAACUACCGCACCGUUGCCUCCUCCUUCUGCCGCGGCAACCGCGGUUAAGUACUUUCCAGGCAUAAACCGUUUCGGCUCCCUGCGUGCUGGGUCUUGCCAUGCCGCCCUUGAUUUCUAUACUUUGACCACACCCUCCCG